GGCGUUUCCCCUCCCUCUGACCCGGGUUCUGAGAAGAUGGCGAAGGUGUCAGAGCUUUACGAUGUCACUUGGGAAGAGAUGCGAGAUAAAAUGAGAAAAUGGAGGGAAGAAAACUCACGAAAUAGUGAGCAAAUUGUGGAAGUUGGAGAGGAAUUAAUUAAUGAAUAUGCUUCCAAGCUUGGAGAUGAUAUUUGGAUCAUAUAUGAACAAGUAAUGGUUGCAGCCCUAGACUAUGGUCGAGAUGAUUUGGCAUUGUUUUGUCUUCAGGAGUUGAGAAGACAGUUCCCUGGCAGUCACAGAGUCAAGAGACUAACGGGCAUGAGAUUUGAAGCCAUGGAAAGAUAUGAUGAUGCUAUACAACUAUAUGAUCGAAUUUUACAAGAAGAUCCAACCAACACUGCUGCAAGAAAGCGUAAGAUUGCCAUUCGAAAAGCCCAGGGGAAAAAUGUGGAGGCCAUUCGGGAACUGAAUGAGUAUCUGGAACAAUUUGUUGGAGACCAAGAAGCCUGGCAUGAACUUGCAGAACUUUAUAUCAAUGAACAUGACUAUGCUAAAGCAGCCUUUUGCUUAGAGGAGCUAAUGAUGACUAAUCCACACAACCACUUAUACUGUCAGCAGUAUGCUGAAGUUAAAUAUACCCAAGGUGGACUUGAAAACCUCGAACUUUCAAGAAAGUAUUUUGCACAGGCAUUGAAACUGAACAACAGAAAUAUGAGAGCUUUGUUUGGGCUUUACAUGUCGGCAAGUCAUAUUGCUUCUAAUCCAAAAGCAAGUGCAAAAACAAAAAAGGACAACAUGAAAUAUGCUAGUUGGGCAGCUAGUCAAAUAAACAGAGCUUAUCAGUUUGCAGGUCGAAGUAAGAAGGAAACCAAAUACUCUCUUAAGGCAGUCGAAGACAUGUUGGAAACACUGCAGAUCACUCAGUCUUAAGGUUUCAAACUCUUUCACAUUACAUUUCACAACUGCACAAUUGAACUUACUGGCCUGUGACUUAUUUACUAAAUGCCUAGUGCUAUUUAUAUACUAAUUUUUUGUUAGGAGAGCAAUUGUAAAGAAUGUUUAUAUAAACCUAAAAAUGCCUUUCAUUGCUAAGCAGGAAGAUGGAGAAAGUCCACGGAGGAGAGAUUUAACAAGAUUCAUAUUGAUUGUACAUCAUUUUCUUCAUAAUAUUAUUGCUUUUAAACCACAAUCUGAUGUAGAAAUCCCAUAAAUAAAUCAUGAUGAUUUAUUAAACUUGCA